AUUGUUGAUAACGCCUCUUGUCAUGCCUGUAUUGGGGGCACCAAUGUGCGUGCUGAGGUGCAGAAGCUGCAGAUGGAGGCCCCCCAUAUCAUCGUGGGCACUCCUGGCCGGGUGUUUGAUAUGCUUAACUGGAGAUACUUGUCGCCAAAAUAUAUCAAGAUGUUUGUACUGGAUGAAGCAGAUGAAAUGCUAAGCCGUGGGUUCAAGGACCAGAUCUAUGAUAUAUUCCAGAAGCUCAACAGUAACACACAGGUAGUUUUGUUGUCUGCUAUAAUGCCCUCUGAUGUCCUUGAGGUGACCAAGAAGUUCAUGAGAGACCCCAUUCGGAUUCUUGUUAAGAAGGAAGAGUUGACCCUGGAGGGUAUCCGCCAAUUCUACAUCAAUGUGGAACGAGAGGAGUGGAAGCUUGACACAUUGUGUGACUUGUAUGAAACCCUGACUAUCACCCAGGCAGUAAUCUUUAUCAAUACCAGAAGGAAGGUGGAUUGGCUCACUGAGAAGAUGCAUGCCCGGGAUUUCACUGUUUCUGCCAUGCAUGGCGAUAUGGACCAAAAGGAACGAGAUGUGAUCAUGAGGGAGUUUCGGUCUGGUUCUAGCAGAGUAUUAAUUACCACAGACCUGUUGGCCAGAGGCAUUGAUGUGCAGCAGGUCUCCCUAGUCAUCAAUUACGACCUUUCCACAAACAGGGAAAACUACAUCCACAGAAUUGGCCGUGGCGGUCACUUUGGCCGUAAAGGUGUGGCCAUUAACAUGGUGACGGAAGAGGACAAGAGGACUCUUCGAGACAUUGAGACAUUCUACAACACUUCCAUUGAAGAGAUGCCCCUCAAUGUUGCUGACCUCAUUUGAGGGGCUGUCCUGCUACCUGGCCAUAGCCAGGGUUCAGUCC